AAAUAAUUAUGGAAUUUGUUGACGAUCUGCUAACAAAAAAUAAAUUUAACAAGGAAGAUAGAGAGCAAUAUAUCGAGUAUCUAUCCAAUAAAGUUAAAGCUGAUAAGCACGAACUAGGAUCCAUAGAAAGACUAGAAGUCGUUCAAAACUGCUUUAAUAAAAAUAUAAACUCCGUAAUUAGCAACAUACACGACUUUGAUGAAAUGUAUUACUUCAAGAAAUGAGUGAGAAAAGGUGUCAAAUGCAGAAUACAUAUGAUGGCAUAUUAUCAACAACUCAUGAAAACGGGAAUCCAAAGCAGCUGUGUCAUGCAUUGGAAUUCGCUUAGAGAUGAUGAGUAAUUCAAUUAUGAAAUC